CAAUUCAAGAUGGCGACUGAAAAGCUACUUUCAGAUUUUCCAAAAGUAACCAUGGCUUUUGCUUAUGGUUCUGCAGUAUUUACACAAGAAGGUUAUGCAGAUACCAACAAAAACAUGCUAGAUGCUAUGUUCGUUGUCGACGAUGCUUUAGCAUGGCAUAAAUUGAACGUGAAAGUUAACGGAAGUCAUUACUCCGCUAUCGCACGGGUUUUUGGCCCUAAAUUGAUCACUUCUCUUCAAGAUGAUUUCGGCGCAAACAUGUAUUUUAAUACCUUGGUGCCUUGGAAUGGGCAGUUUAUUAAAUAUGGAGUCAUAACCAAGAGGUUUUUAAUAGAUGAUCUGGUUAACUGGAGGUCUCUAUAUGCAAGUGGACGGCUUCAUAAACCUGUGAAAUUCUUAGGUGUCUUUCCCACGGAUAUACGCUCCGCCUUGACCUCAAAUUUAAAUCACGUUUUAAGAACUUCUCUUCUUUGCCUUCCCGAUCAGUUUUCAGAUGAAGAACUUUUCUUGCACAUUUCAAACUUAUCUUAUGCUGGAGAUUUUCGAAUGAUUGUUGGUGAAAACAAGAACAAAGUCUCUAAUAUUGUAAUACCUAACAUGGAACAUUUCAGGAAACUAUAUUAUCCGCUUCUACAUAAUGAUGAAUCAAUUGAUAUUGAUAAAAACAUCAUACAUCAGAAGUGUGAUGUUGAAACUCGUUAUGAACGUCUAACAUCUCUUCCUCAGAACCUGAAGUCACGAAUCGUUAAUUGGCGGAUGUCAGGACUACGGUUUCAACCAUUCAAUAAUCCAUCCAAUGAAAUGCAAGAUGCAAUUUUGUAUGGCCUAGCUCAUGAUCGGGAAAAGACAUCAGAAUUAGCGCUAAAAGGAGCAAGGUCAAUUGUAAGAUACACAAGUAUAUCCCAAAGUUUGAAAGGAAUUAUUACUGCAGGAAUGUUCAAAUCUAUUGUAUAUUCCGGCAAGAAACUUGGCAAGAUGUUUCGUGGAAUGUUAAAGUAACACCAUGCACAUACUAAUUUUGUCACAAUGCUUAUUUUAAUAGCCUAAUAAUUGUUGUAAUAGACAGCUACAUGUAUACAAAUUUACUGGCGAAAUUUGUAGUGCAGAAAUUCACUAAAUCGGUACAAAAAAUCAGCAUCGUUUGAUAUAGAAAUUUCACAAUCUUUUAACCGAC